AAACACCUAACGUCCGCUAUACUGAAUACGCCAAGAGUUAUCCUACGUCUUCUGGGUAAAGAGACUCGGGAGCUGGAGGCAAGGGUAUGGGUACGAUUUCCCAUUUUUUCAAGUUUUGUACUCAUGCAAGUAACAUGUGAUUAUGUCUUCAAUAUUUCAGUAAAGCAGUUUUCGAGAUACUUACAAAAAUAUAAUGUCCUCAAACGGCUUCCUCCAGGUUGUUGCUAACUGUUUUUUCAGUGUGUCGGGUUUGUACUGACAUAACUUUUAAGGGUGAUAAAAACUAGUCGUGUUAAAAGGGUGGUCGUAUUGGCUGGCUUCCUCUGUCGAACUAUAGGGUCUAGGCGUUUUACAUUGGUGCAUAAUAAACACAAGACCAAAACAUUUUUUUACAAUUGUUAUUCGUUUUUUGUAGCAUUAUUAUGUAAUUAUGACCUAAAUACAGCAAGGGAAACCCUUGUAAGACUGCUUAUCUAAAAUGCCUUCGUUGGAAAUUUCAGUGGAAGCUGUAAUCGACUUUUUUUCAAAGAUGGCUUCAAUUCACUUGAUUUUUCUGUUCUUCUUGGUGUGGAAAAUUGCAAAACGUAAGUACUUUUCUGAAGACUAAAGGCCGUCGAAAGGAAUUACUCACUCCUGGUUGCAUUGAUCUUAUAACAACUCAGUGCCGAGUUUCAUUUUAAAAGCAAUUUUAGUUUACCCGGGUAGUUAAGUAGUUAUUGAAAAUUUAGUCGAACCUCCCGUAAGCAACCGCCCCAAAUGCGAAGAUUAGCUAAGAUUUAGUGGUCGCUUACCUUUAGACUGAUAGGUGUUUUUUUUCCGGGAAGAGUUCCCAAGUCUUGAACUUUUUAGAAAAGGCCAUGCUGGCGUGGAGUUCCUAAGCCCAUAUCAGCAACAAGCAUUAAACUUCAUAAACAGGUGUAGAAAGACCGCUACACAACCAAUCAAAUGGUUUUGAAUAAAAAAUUCAUUCUUGCUUUGCAAGAAGAGCAAGAGACGAGUGCACCCCCUCCUAAAAAAAAUCCUGGAUCCGCCCCUGCAUACCCUUAACCUUUUAAUACCAAAACUCUUAAGAUCAACCGAGGAUGCAAAAUAAGACCUUUACGAUGAAUUUACUUAACUUUCUGUUUUACGCAAAAUUUAGCGUGUUACUCUUGUCCCUUGGACUUCGAAAAUGGAAACCUUGGUGGCUGGACUUUGACCGGUAAUGCGUUUAAUAAUCAACCAACGUACGGUGACAACCCGACAGCUCGGAACAGAGGGCAGCCAGCCAAUCAACAGGGGAACUGGUGGAUCGGAGGCUCCGAGAACCGUCCCUCCCCUGAUUCUCCAGCAGGAGCAACGAUAGGUGACGGACCCCAGGGUACUCUACGUUCCCCCGCUUUUAACAUCGUUGGCAGCGGAUCCAUCUCUUUCCUGAUUGGUGGGGGUUGUAAUAUCAAUGUUGUCAGGGCAGAGUUGGUCAUAAAUGACCAGGUAUGCUUGUAUGUGCUUCACCCUUACAAAGACAGUCCACUUAUUCUUGAUACUUUUGUUUAAUAUCAAACAUCAAAGCCCAUGAAUGAAGCUGUCUGUCCUCGCCGGUAGGGACGUUCUGUGAAACGAGUCCAACGGCGAGGACCGAGGAGAGAUGGCUCUAGUCCCAGGGCUACAAACAUCGUCGACAGUGACCCAAAGAUUGCAAUGUAAAUAUCAAUUUUUAUAGAAAAUUCAUGUAGCUGGGUAAUUAUUUGUCACACCAGUCUAAUUCCUGAGGUCUCAGUCUGUGUGGUGGGCAGCAAGAGCAGUGUCAUAGCAAGAGCCUUUUUACUGUGCUAAAUCUAAAGUCAGACUUUUUGGGGGUGGUGAAAGCUGGGGGCAAGUUUUACAAAAGAAAAUGUAACUAUACGUAAUAUGACACUUUUUCCUUUCUUCGGCUUUGAUAUCUUUUUCUAUUCGAUUUCCCGAGUUACUGAAAAUCCAGAUCUCCCCCGGAGGACACUCAACAAAGUUGAACACGGGGAGGCUCUGCCCCGAGGUCCAACCCCUUACCCUCUUAUAUACCAUUUUUAACAGGAAAGGUACCCCUUUCGUAUACCUUCUAAAAUAGUUUAGAACAGUGCAUCCCUUUUAACUGUUUUAAAUGCUCCGUAUUUAAACAUGAAUAAAUCACUAAACUAAAAAGUUUUCCCUUUUUGGCCCUUUUACAGACCGGAAUGACAGAUUUCCCUACCAUUUCAUGUUCUGAAAAAGGUACCCCUUUCGAGGGCGGAGCCUCCCUGUAUAGGCCAUUAUAGGGGUACCUCCGAGAACAGCCUCUGAUCCCCUCCCUUCUUAGGCAGCAGGAUAGAAUGUCUUCGCCAUAAACUGGCGCGGAAAAAUCGCACUCGAGUUCUCAUGUUCUCAUGGAACUUUUUGUGUAUUCUUAGGUGGUCAGAACUGCCACUGGGAAAUGCACUAAGACGAUGAUUCGUGAAAGCUGGGACGCACAAGAAUUUGUCGGUCAGGAAGGUUUUGUUCGAUUGGUGGAUUCUAGCUCGGACAGCUGGGGUCACAUCAAUUUUGAUGACAUGCGUGGAGACAUUGACUGCAACGUUUGCCAGUGAAGCAACUUAUGCUGGUCAGGGGUACUUGCUAAAACUUGUGGAGUUGAAUAUAGUUUGAGGAAUAGUUGUUUUUAAAAGUUCAAAAAUUUAGAAACCAUAGAAAGGAAACGCAUGCAAAUUGACUGAUUCUUGUAAAAUAUUGUCAAUAAAAUAAGUGUACUUGCAUGGUAAUAAACUGGACAUGGCUAAAAACAAAAUGGCUGCAUUUUAUGAUUGUAAAUACUACGAGGUGAUAAUUUUUAGCUUGACUUACUUUAUCUCUUUUUCCCCCACUUCCUGUGCCAAAAAUGGCGUCAAUAUGUUGCUUAGCAAUCGAGAUCCCAGUUUAAGAAGGUAAUUUCCAAAUAAUAAGCAGAUCGCACUGAAUAUUUUGUCUUUAAAUGACCUCAAUUAUACAAAAAUACCAGUAAUUACUACAAUAAACUCGACUUUCCCUUGUGGUUCAAAGAUGAACCCUUUUAUCAAGAGACUCUCGCGCUGAAAUUAGCCGGGUGUGUUAGGUGGCUGUACAGACUAAAUCUAUUACCCUUUUACGAAUUCUCUGUAAUAAUUAGGGUUAGAUAUUCUGCGUUAUACUUCAGCUGUGCAUAUCAGUUGUUUAUUCAAAAGUACUCACAAUGAUUCUUGGAAUCCUCCGUCGUCAGCUGGUACAAUAGAAAUUUGUUUCAGGUAAUUUGCCUGCAUUGAUCAAUGUGCUACAUUAUAUCUCCUAGGGUGGAAAUUAAACUGAAACACUGAGGGUAAGUUCUUCCACUUAUCACAACAGUCACAAUUAACCGCAGAAAACAGAUUUUAUACCGUACCAUUUGUCUGCAUUCAGCUGAGUGCACGUAAGUGAAAAAUGGAUUUCAGUCGGCUUAAUUGAGACUUAACAAUGACUCUUUGGCCUAUCAAACUAGACCGCUCCCGAAGUCAGAAAUUUGACAAAAUAUUGUUUUAGAACAAUGCUGAGGAAUAAAAUGCAGUCGAAGCUCCUUUUAGAGAGUCACUGACACCGAAACUGACUUUUGCGGGUAUAAUAUUCAUUAAAUAAGAAAAUGAUUUUUUUGUUCAAGGCGGCCGCAUUCAAGUAGAAUUUUUUUCUUACGAAUGACCAAACUCCCCGGGACAAAAAAAACCAAAUUGAAGAUGAAAUUCACCUUUCUCUUCCACUGCCCGAAAUAUUCAACUCUUAGAAAUGAUUUUUUCAUCAAAUACAAAUUAAAGUUAUUUUACAAACUUUAAGCAAAUACCCUGCUCGGACCUAGCUAGGGAUUAAACUAAUGAAUUCCAAAGAUAGCUACGUUAAUUUACGACUGAUGAACUUUGUCUCAUUAUUAAUUAAUUUACGUGAUAUCUUACUAUCACUUCAGAAUGAUCACACUUAAUUUUUACUCCAAAUGUAUUUUUUAGACCCUAUCCUUUUGCAAUACUAUAAUUACUUAAGGUCGUGCAAAUAAGGUUUGUUGUUGUUGACUCAUUGAUUGCCUUUCCUCAAUGAGUAGCCCAGAUUAGGGCCACAACAAUCUGGCCGUAUUAAUGCAAUGGUCGUAUUGACGAGGUUCUCAGAUAUCGAAAUGACUGACUAUUUUUACUUUUGGUCCAAAAGAACGAGGAUGAGGCACUGUGGUCGCACGGGCGAAACGGGGUGAUAGUAAAGUAAGGCGGCGUAAGUUUUUAUUAAGACUUGCUUGGUCGUUUGCAAAUAGAUUUAAGUAAUUUAUGUUUUAGAAAGCUGUUCAGAAAAUAACUGUUAUUCUUGCAUUUAAUUUUUAAAUCUUUAGGACUCUUUCUUCAGACAUGACCGCAAGUCGAGUGAUAUUUCUGUCUUUGCUUUACUUGGCGAUGGGGUAUUGUAAGUACGCUUAUAUGAACAACUAGCAAGGCCAAAUAUCCCUUUCUAAGUGUAGUCACGUGUAGUAGUAAUCAAACUCGGCAUUAAACUUUAAGAAUGAUUUUAGAGUGGUUUUACUUGUAAAAUACUACGCACUAAUACUAUUGUCUUCUUUUGUUUACCUCCCGCUAUUUUGUACUAUUUGUAUCUGUUUCACGGUUAGGGUAAAAUCACUCUAGAAUUUGCGUGCACCGUUAAUUUGAUAUUGAUGCUUCUUUUUCAAUUUUCUCCUGGGCCAGAUUAGAAACUCCGAGUCCGUCGGCAAUUUCGCAGUAAACUGAAAAGAAAUAUUUCAUUAACGUUCCAGUUUUAGAAUUUCGAGGUGAUUAGGUGAUUUUGGGCGUAACUGUCAAUUUCCAAAAAAGUACUGUAUACACAAACGGAACCUAGAGUUCUACUCUCCGUAAUUUACAGUCAACUCCCUCUUAAUGGACAACUCUAUGAGACUAUAAGACGGACACUUCGCUAACUGACGGACACCUAGAGUUGGUCCAUGCCUUUCUUUAUUCCUUAUAGCUUACUAUCUACUUUAUAAGAUGGACAUUUCUCUAAGACGGACAAGUGCCGGUACCAAAAAGGUGUCCGUCUUAGAGAGAGUUGAUUAUAUUUGGUUUGUUGCCUCGCUCACUAGCCUGCGUGGCCGGCGUUGAAAGGGGAAGGGGAAGGAGACGCCCCACACGCUCUCGCGCGCGCCCAAAUUCCCCCUUCCCCUUUCAACGCCGGCCACGCAGGCUACUCGCUCACAGGCACUUCAUUCUUGGCCACUCGCUCGAAUUCGCGUACCAGCACUCCUGUGGUACGCAAUCAUAUCCAAGUCUCGUUUAAAAUGCUUAAAAAAGAAAUAAAAAUUGAUUUCGUUUUUGCCACAUAGCUUUCCAAUCUGCUUGUCCCUUUGACUUUGAGACUGGAAACCUUGACGGAUGGACUUUGACCGGCACUGCGUUCAAUAAUCAACCAACGUACGGUGACAACCCUACAGCUCGGAACAGGGGGCAGCCAGCCAAUCAACAAGGGGACUGGUGGAUCGGAGGCUCCGAGGACCGUCCCUGCCCUAAAGUAACAGGGGGUUAUGUUAUAGGGGACGGACCCCAAGGGACUUUAACUUCUCCACCAUUUGUUAUCAUUGGUAGCGGCUCGAUAAACUUCUUGAUUGGUGGGGGCUGUUCCAUCGAUGUCGUCAGAGCAGAGUUGAUUGUAAAUGAUCAGGUGAGAGCGCAUUACUUACAUUUAACCCAACAGAUACAAAAUUUUAGUCGGUAGAAAAUGACUAUUAUGUCGCCACAUUUCCUUAAAUGACGUCAAGAUCUCCGCACAUGGGAUCCUGGAAAGAAAAAAUGGCAAACGGACCCAGGGAUCACAAAGCACGAACGCGCCCAAGUACACAGGGUUCGAGCAAUUCUUGACUUUCACUACUAAAUAUUACAGUAGUUGAAAUACGCUUGUAGACUUUCCCAAUUGUAUACAUUUAUAUUGUUUUUCAGGUAGUCAGAAGAGCCACUGGAAAAUGCACUGAGACGAUGAGCCGUGAAAGCUGGGACGUGCAUGAAUAUGUGGGCCAGCUUGCUCGUUUGCGUUUGGUGGAUGCCAGCUCAGGAGGCUGGGGUCACAUCAACUUUGACGAUAUGAAGGGAGACAUUGACUGUAGCAAUUGUUGAGACCACGGAUCAGUUAAUUGAAUUUAAUAAAACAAAAACUUGGAAAAGCUUCUUUGAAACAUAACUUAACUUCCGUUCACACUAAAAUGGUGACCUGGUAUGGUUAUCCCCUAUUAUUAACCCACGAAUGGAAACAGUUUAUUAUUUCAAUAGGUUUUGCGUUAGAACAAACGUCAGUAAUUGAGAAAUUAUCACAAAUUCUUGGUAGCCGGACCCCUUUAAGUUCAACCAAACAUUUUUUUUUUAAAUUUUUGUGUCCUUUAAUAAUUAUGCCUCAAUUGCGUAUACUUAUUGCGUUCGAGGUACGAGAACGCAACCCCUAAUUUGUGUUGGGUGUUCUGUGCCUUAUUGGGUGUCCUGUGCAGUUAAUAAGGGAGGUUUUUUUGAGAUUGCAUUUUCGUUGUCGUCGACACACAUUUGCCUCACUUUGAAGUGCUUGCUUACGUUUUGUCUCACUUUGACGCGGUAUUUCACGGGGUGUUUCGUGUGUCCUCGGCGUUCAGUUGAGGUCUGAUAUUCUGUCUUAGUAAAGCGUUCAUCUUUUAAAAAGUUUGCUGAAUCUUCGUAUAGCGUACAUCGAUCUGUGUUUGCUGAAUCUUCCAAAGCGUUCAUCUUUCAGAAGUUUACUGUUAACUUUUACUUUGGAUUAAGCCUUCAUAUCUUUCAGCAUGGUUCGUCACUGUCUUUGGAAAAUGUGUGCGAUUUAUAUACUGGUGCAUGUAUCAAACCGGGUUUAGUUCGGUUGCCUUUGUGUCACAAAGUAAAUAUACCGAGUUGUGUAGCUCGGUAGCCGUUGUCAGGCCACUGAGUAAAUUUAUCGAGUUGUGUAGCUCGGCGGCCGUUGUGUCACAACGUAAAUCUACCGAGUUGUGUAGCUCGGUAGCCGUUGUGCCACAAAGUAAAUCUACCGAGAUGUGAGGCUCGCCAUUUGAUCAUGACUUGUGAUAUUUUCGGCACCAGACUAACGAACACUUUAACUCUAUGUUAUUUACUAGGAGUAAUCGGAGCUUAGGAGAGUGCGUUCGAUAUGUUUGUUGAGGCAGAAGGGUGGUUGCGAUGUAGAUAAACAUGAUUAUGGCAUAUUUUGAACGCAAGGGUUGCGUACAGCGAAACCUCUAUUUAAACUGUGUAUCAUUUUAAGAACUUUUUUAUCGUAUGGUUCGGUGUCAAGUGCUUUUAAUCGGAGGAGACAUUGGACAGCGUCGGACGUGUAAAUGGAACAUUUUUUUUUACUGGCGCGAGUUACAGGGCGCAGUUUCUCAAAAACAUUUCUUCUGAUAAUUUCCUCUGUUAUUUUUAACAGCAUCCAAUCAUCAACUUGUUGACAAAAUGAAUUACAUUGAAUUUACUGGUUUAAAAGCUUUCACAUCUGAAUUCAAACUUCGCACUAACCCUAUCAAAAACCUUCAGUGGAACGUGUGUGCGGCUCACGUCAAUAACUUUUCCAGUAAUUGGUCGAGCGUGUUGAUUUCAGUGACUCGAGAGUGGCGCUACUGUGGGCUGAUUUAUAAGUUUUUCCUAAUAAAUAACAUAGAGUUAAAGUGUUGGUUUGUCCGGGGCCGAAAAUAUCACAAGUCAUGGUCAAAUGGCGCCGCCGAGCUUCACAUCUCGGUAGAUUUACUUUGUGGCACAACGGCUGCCGAGCUACACAACUCGUAAAUUUACUAUGUGACAAAACGGCCGCCGAGCUACACAACUCGGUAAAUUUACUAUGUGCCAUAACGGCCGCCGAACUAAACCCGGUUUGAUGCAUGCACCAGUAGUCGCAGACAUUUUCCAAAGACAGUGACGAACCAUGCUGAAAAAUAUGAAGGCUUAAUCCAAAGUGAAAAUUUAACAGCAAACUCCUGAAAGAUGAACGCUUUGGACGAUUGAGCAAUCACAGAUCGAUGUACGCUUUACGAAGAUUCAGCAAACUUUUUAAAAGAUGAAAGUUUUACGAAGAAUAUCAGACCUUAGCAAACCUUUGAAAGAUGAACGCCGAGGACACAACAAUCACCACAUGAUUUAGCGCGUCAAAGCGAGACAAAACUUAAGCAGGCGCCUCAAAGCGAGGCAAAUGUGUGUCGACGACGAACGAAAAUGCAAUCUCAAAAAAACCUCCCUUAUUAAUUGCACAGGUCACCCAAUAAUGCACAGAACACCCACAGUUACCCCUUUUUAGCAAAAUCUCUUUCGACUGGAAAAAAAAAUAAAUUAAUAUAAUGAAAAGCAACGACUAGAGCGUAAUACUGAGACUGUCCUUGUUUGCGAACUGUAUCUUACAGUAUUUUGUCUGAUCUGGCCUUCAGAAUUAUCGCUUUUUCUUACUUACGGACAUAACGGACACUGCAUAGUGUAUAGUGUUUCAGUUUCUAAAGAAACUGUAAACACAAAAACAGGACCCGUCCGGUGUAAAGAGCACUUAAAUGUGGAGUGUAGAGGUGUUAUUUUUAUCUGUUAUUGUAUCUGUCUAUCUAUCAUUUCUUUCUAGAGAAAAUAAAUCCCAGUAUCCUUAGUGAGCAUCCGCACCUGAAUAGACCAUUUACAGUUAUCCUAGCCCUUGAAUGAAUGAGAGGCUGAGAUUGACCUCGUUUUGAUACAAACCUCUUUCCUUUUCUUAUGGAAAUUAUGCUUAAAAAAUACUAGUUAGGAUAAGAAUGACAUGAUUUACAUAACAAAGCACGAAGGGUUGUAUCAAAACAAGGUCAACUCCAGCCUCGUUUCCACCUGUAACUGUAAAGUGGACUAUUUGGAAAUCAGACUCAGCAAAUAAAAAGCCGUUGUCUCUACUGAGGCAUUCUAAAGAAGAAAGCAAUUGAUUAAUCUUUUAUCUCAGUCUCCUCCAACAUUAUGUGUAACCAGCGGUCGAUCAAUUCGCUAAAUCUUCUCGGCGAGGUUGCAGAAGCCACUGUAUUGCACCUCAUCAGGUGUAACGUCAUAAUGGUAGUGACCUCCUUCUCCAUGAUCGCUAAAGCAGUGAAAAUGCUCAACGCGUAAGUCAAGGCCCUGAAACAAACAAACAAAAAAAUCAUUUACAUUUUUUAUGAAUCCGAUGAUCGAAACUCGUUACUAGGGGAUCGGGGAGUGGGAGUUUGCUUGGAAGCUAAAAACCGGCUUAUUAAAUAUAUUCUGCCUUAUAUGGAUUAUUUUUAUCUUCUCGGUUCAGUUGAAAUGCUUCUAUAUUUUGCCUAAAAUCGAGCCGUAACAUAAUAAAUUGGACAAUGGCGAAUAUUCCGCCUACAUCGUAACAGUUUCAAGGGAAACUUACGACGUGAAUACGGGCAAAUUAACUUCUUCUAGGCAUUAAACCGAUUUGUCACAUAUCACAUAACUGACGCAAAACGGAAGUAGAUGCAAUUGUCCGUUAUUAAGGCGUACCUUCGGUGCCAGCAAGUGCGCAAGUAAGAAAGUUAACAAUAGCGCGGCGGUCUGAAUAAUCCCUCGGCAAUGCUGCUUGUGGAAACUCCACAAGCUACCUUGAACAUAUCAGACACGCAGACCUUGGUCUUGUCAGGGUUUAGAAGGACUGCGUCUCCCUUACCCCAAACAACAACAGUUGGAAGAAUGAGAUGCUGCGACGAAUUCGGAGAGACUAUCCGAGCAGCUCCUACACUACUCUUUAGAAGAUGCUCCGACGAUGGCUUGUGAAAGCUGACCACGAAUAAACCAUUUCAGAGCUUCAAAAGCUCACUUUGAGAACGAAGCUAAGCGAAAAAACGUCGUUGUGAAAAUGAGUUUUAUUUGCAUGAGAAAUUAUAAGAAAUCAUGUUCACAUCAAUGGGUUUGCACUUUGCCUCACUUUGAAACAGAGGCUAUAGACAACUCGGAAAUCGACUAUUAUGGCAGAAUAAAAUUGGUAUUAGGUUUAAUUGCAUCUACAGAGCGCUUCUUUCUUCAGUUCAGUUCUUUCCGUAUUUAUAGCCCUCAAAACUCACCCCAAAAUAUCUGGACAUCUCUCAUAGAGUUUCUUCAAAGUUGAUAAAGAUCUAGACGGUUAUUGGAGGUACGAGUUCAUGUGAAAACCGGAUUUUCCAAAAGACUUUCUGUGCCAAAAAUACCAACGUAAGUUAACAGAUGAUGGCGUCAAUAUGUUAAUCUGAAAUUGAGAUCCCAAUUUAAGAAUGUAACAUCCAAAUAAUAAGCAGAACGCACUAAAUAUUUUGUCUUUAAAUUACCUCGAUUCUACAAAAAUACCAGUAUUUACUACAAUAACUUGACUGUCCUUUGUGGUUCAAAGAUCACCCCCUUUAUUAAGAGAAUCGCGCGCUGAAGGUAGCAGAGUGUGUUAGAUGGCGGUAGAGACUGAAUCUAUUACUCUUUUAUGAAUUCUCUGUGAUAAUUAGGGUUAGAUAGUCUGCCUUAUACUUCAGCUGUGCAUAGAAGUUGUUUGUUCAACAAUACCCACAAUGAUUCUUGGAAUCUUCCCACGCCAGCUGAUACAAUAGAACUUUGUUUCAGCUGAUUUGGCUGCAUUGAUCAGUGUGCUUCAUCAUAUCUCCUAGAGUGGAAAUUAAACCGAAGCACUGAGGGUAAGUUCUUCCACUUAUCACAACAGUCACAAUUAAGCGCAGAUAGCAGAUGUUAUACCGUAUUAUUAGUCUACAUUCAGCUGAGUGCACGUAAGUGAAAAGUGAAUUUCAGUCAUAGUUGCCAACGAGGCAACCGAGCUAAGAAGCGAGGUUGCCUCGGCGGCAGAAUUAUAACGCCGCGCAAUGUAGGCCAAAACUCUCAAAUUCUGCGUAACCCUCUAAAAUUUGCAUUUUUGACCAUAUUUGGGUGUAAAUAAGACCCCAUAUUUGGGUGGUGACGUCACGGUCUUGUAUUUACAACUCGUGGUCCGAAAUUGGGUGAUUCAGUGUGCAGCUGUUCCUUGUCUGUUCAAGAGGACCUAACAGGUGAGCAAGCUUUAAUACGAUUUCUAGUUUGAAAGGGCAAUUAGUGCUCUGGUUUGCUUUAUAAAUUGCCUUUAAAGCAGCAGCUAAUCAAGGAAUAGGGUUUUACGCUCAAAUUUUUGUCAGAACCAGCUUGUUUUUUGCAGCUCGAUUUACAUUGAGGUAGCGUGUUCGCUGCUCGACUCAGAACCAGGUUUUCAGCUUUCCCUUUUCCUUUGUGAAUUGAAUUUUAAGCGGUAAUUGAUCAAGGCAUAGGCUUAUAUUCUCAAAACUUUUAUCAGAACCAACGUGUUCUUCCCAGGUCAAUUUACACUGAGCCAGUCCGCACCUCCCGUGAGGAAUGCAACGCGUUUGCGGACCUUUUUUUUAAAAUUUAUUUAUGUCUUUCGAGAGAUUUUGUCAAGCAGCAUGUUUUUUUGCUGCUCGAUUUACAUUGAGACAGCCCAAAUCUCCCGUGGGGAAUGCAACGAAUUUGCGGACCUUUUGUUUUCAAGAGACUCUUUGUCCUGUGACACUCGCUCAUUAAAUCUUUGUAUUUUAUUCAAGUUUACAUUUUUAUACCUCUGAUACAUUCCGCCCCAUUCUUGCGCUUUUCACACAUUUUACUUGACACCAAUUUUUUCUGGUGUGUAUUACCCCGCGAAAUAAUGUUCUUAUCCCUGAUGACGCUGUUGCUCGGAACUUAAUUAUCAUUUUUAAUUUCAGCAGACAAAGACCUCAUUUAAACUAUACUUUUUAACGUUUAUAGUUUUGCUAGAAUGGAAUUUUCCAAGAAACAUAAGUGCUAAUUUGCUCAUAUCUACCAACAAAGCUUCAAGCCAUGUUGUUAUUGUUUAAUAAAAGUGAAAGCCUUAAAUGUGCCAAAGUUGUUGUUUUGAACUUGGGUGCCAUCCUUUUCUUUCGCGGAAUCCAUUUUAAACCUCUAAAAUUAUGAAAAAAAAUCGCGAAGAUCUGAAUAGGCACAUUCCACAAAAGAUAAACGAAUUCGCCUCGUUGGCACUUGCCGGAAGGUACCCUUAGUUUAAUAUGUUGAUGUUCGUGUAUCUGUUUAACUUUAUUGCUAUGUUUCAACCCUAUUAUUGUAACUUUUUUUACUUUUCCUUCCUUCCUCGAUUAGGUAUAGGCUAAUUUGCGGGCAAGGAUUAAUUAUGGCAUGUGUGCAAAGUGUUUUUAAUAAACGUGAACUUGAACAAAAUAAUAAUAAUUGGAAUCUCUAACAGUAAUAACAAUUUAAAUCUCAAUUUGUGGUUGGACUGUAUUUGGUUGCCAUAACAGCUGAAUUUCUUUUUAGAUACAUACAGACGGAGAUACGAAUCCUCCACUGCCUUGUACCAAAUAUACGUUUUUUCGAAAUCUGAUCGGGCCAUAACUUAGUUCGCUUCUUCUUGGACAUGGAAUUUUACCCCCAUGUUUAAUAAGAUAGUAAAUAAUUAGCCUCAAAUUUCAGCUAUUUUUUCAACAGGAGAGGUUUGAAUUCUACUAACAGAAUAUUGAAAGAUAUUUGCGAAUUUACAAGUGUCUGUUUUCGAUACCUUCCAUGUUUUAAUCUUAACUUUUCUUAAGACAAAUAAUUUUGUCUACUCUGAAAUAAAUCGAGACGAAGGCGUUGUCUUGCCUCAUUUUGCACAAUGACUUUGCCCAGAGCUGAGGUAAUGCCAGAUUUCUCGAUAUUAAAACACCAAUGAGUACCUGAGUCUAGCAAGAGGUCUCAAUGAUAAUUAUAGCAUUGAUACGGGUACUAGUUCCUCUAGCGAGAGUGACUCUCACAACCAAACAAGUCUUAAGAUUAAACUUUUUAUUAUAAGGAGACUUACUCUUGCACUUCACAGUUCUUCACAACUUCCUCAACAACUUCUUUCUAACAACGUCUUUCUUCAACUAAUCUUGUGUGCUCUGCACCUUACUUUCUUUCUCUCUAAAAUCUACUCGUUCGCAUCUCGCUAUUUAUUUGUUUGUUGGUCGUUGACCAUAUCUUUCCGUUGAUAAUAUAUUUAUUUUGUCAUUAACAUAUAUUAACUUGUUACGCAAAAUUCCUUUUAAGAGUCUUUCUUUGGUUCUAAAGGAGAAUAACCGGUAAAAGAAACUAACUAAGCAAAGUUCGGUAAAAGGAACAGACUUUUACGCAGCUACUUUUAAGUUACUUGGUUCUUCAAAGCUAAAAAACCAAAAGUGCAAACUUUGUUAAUGACAAACGAAGGACAACUCCCAUGUUAAUAAAUGUGAGAACAAGAUAAAUAGAGGGAAAACUUUACCAACAAAUUUGGGCGGCAAAGUCAAUUAAUAAAAAUGUGGAAAUGUUCACUUAAAGGAUAAGCAUCUUGGAAGGGACGUCAAGUUCGGAGACAAGAUGUCCCGCUCAAAAACCUCAUUCCUAUAUUAACACACGAAAGAAGAAAUUCUUAACUUAGUCAGAACAUUCCUAAAGAGUCAUAGAAUGCACAAAGAAUAACCUGAAAAUACAUGAUGGUACAGAUGGGGGCUGUCCUUGGUCAAUAACCAUGCAACUAAGAAAUCAUGCAUAUGAUCUGAUUUCGUGCAUGGUGCAACAAGACACACUUUUAAUCUUUAAUCUUUUAGAUAAGAAGUUCAUUAGCAAAUGUUAUUUAUCUUCUUUGAUACUUAUUAAUAAACAGUCAAAAUGUUCCAGAACCUAGAAAGCUCUCUACAACGACAUAUAUCAGUAUUUAGUACUAAAACAGUGAAUAGUGUUUUUCGCGCGCUCUGAUUGGCUACUCAAUCAGUGAAUAUCCUGCACUAUUCACUGAUUCAACGCCAGUUCCUCCUAGUAAGCGACGCCAAACUCGCGUAAGUUGCGAGCAAAAUGCCUUUCCGGUUUGCUUUCGUAACAAACUAAGAAAUUUCACUACUAAUCAAGCAAGCUAUUCCCAAAAUACAUGAAGAAGGUGACGAAGUUCGGUUUGGCAGUUUUAACAGGUAAAGCUUUGUCUUUUUGACUUGAAUUUAUCGAUAAAACCGGUAAAAAAGUUUUUUGUUUACAAAUGCAAAUUAAGCUUAAGUCUUGCGUCACUUUAUUUAGUUGACUUGUUCGUAAAUACGCUUAAAACUAAAUUUAAUAAUCUUUUUUACAGAAUGAUUUUAAACACAAAAAGAGUUAACAACUCCUUUUGAAGAAACUUCCCCGCAAGAGCUAAACAAACGCCUUCAAAAGUUUUAUUUGUCGCCAAGAAAAAGCGACGACCGGGGCCGUUCGGUCAUCGCGCGCCAAAAUUGUAAUCGUUGGCAACAGUAAAUGAGUUAAAAAUCAUACUUUUGUGCUCAAUUAUCUCACUGCUUUAGUAUAUACUAAAACAAUUAUUCACCUCAGUGAAUAUUUAGUCUUAAUGCGUCGAAACCAAAGAAACGCUUCAUAUGACGAUUAAUUAAUCGGUGAAAAUGCUAACGUACGGAAAAAUGUUUGAGAUUCGGUGACGCACAGGUAUAAUUGUUUGGCAUCGGUACCUUAUAUGUUUUGAAAGAAACGUUCUUCAAGCUAAAGGCGUUGUGUUGCCUCAUUUUGGACAAUGACUUUGGUAGGAAAGGUCAUGUGCGAAGUUUCGAGAAAAAGCAGCCCAUGACUGAAAUAUUGGAACACCAAUAAGUAGAAGGUCCCAAUAUUAAUUAGGAUUAGGCCUUCGUAAAAUUCUUUCAUGCACAAUGCGUCGAAACCAAAGAAACUUUCUUUCAGUUUUCUUAAGACAAAUAGUUUUUCUUAUCUGAGAUAAACCUUCUUCGUGUCUUGCCUCAUUUUAGACUACGCCUCUGACAGCUUAGGUCAUGCGAGACGUUUCGAGAAAAUCAGCCCAUAACUGAAAUAUUGGAAAACCAAUGAGUACGUGAGCUGAGCAGGCUGAAUAUAUGGAACAGUAUUCCCGACAGUGAUCGUGCUCUACCUAAAUAUAAACUUAAGAAUACCCUACAGAGUAGCCUGCGCGCAGACGAAAUUAAACUCUGGUUAACUCCGUCUGCGAAACAGCGCCGAAAUCCUUGUUCUGGACUUCCAGCUGUGUACCCAGAUUUCAGUACGCGCCACGAUUGGCCAGUUAAAAAAGGCCUUUGUUUUGUUUGUCGUGAUCGCCAAUCAGGUUGAAGGGAAAUUCGAAACGCACUUCCGGUAAUUCGUUGAGUCCGUUGGGGGUUCAGAAAAAGGAUCUUUGCGCUGCUUCGCAGACGGUACUAAUCAGAGUUUAGUUAUCGUCUGCACGCAGGCUACCUACAGAGUCGGCUACUGGACAUUUUGAUACAGGAGGAUACUUAUGUUGGCGUUGCGUGCUUUAUUUGACAUAUUUAGUAAAUAUUAAAUUUUUAUUUUAAUUUCAUUCAUACCUUGUUUCAUUUACCUGUUUUGAAAUAUAUGUAUUUCCUGUCUUGUUAAUUGCCAACGAGGCAACCGAGCUAAAAGCGAGGUUGCCUUGGCUGCAGAAUUAUAACGCCGUGCAAUGUACGCCAAAACUCUCAAGUGUUCUGCGUAACCCCCUAAAACUUGCAUUUUUGACCAUAUUUGCAUGGGUGUAAGUAGCCUGCGUGGCAGGCGCAAAAAGGGGAGGGGGAGGGGGGAGGGAGAAAGGGAAAAGGGAAGGGAGCGCCUGCUCUAAGAGCCUAUGUUUUUGCAUAACGCCUACCAAUUUUCUAGUAAUCCGAUUACGCUUACUGUCAAUUAAGUGUCGCUACACUAGCCAUUGCAGAAAAGCAUUACACUCACGGACUAAAGAAAUUCGCUUAGUUAUUCACAUCCAGAAGGCACUUUGGAGAAAAUUGGAACACUUAUUCAGCCGUAAUAAAAAAAGCUUUACGCUUCAAAAGAGGUCAAAGAAAUUUCGCUUGCAUCAGAGGGCAAAUCCUGUCGACCAGAAAACAAUAACUACAGUCAAUCGAUAUGUAUGUCAUGACCUCUCAGUGUGAAACAUGCGGCUAAAAUAACAUUUGCUCAGUAUAAUUGCAGAACCUUGAUAAAUUGGCUAAAUCUUUCGCUGGGUAGCCCAACAAUUCCAUCUCCUGCAACUGGUCUUCGAUAAUACUUUUCAGUGGCGAAAUGACGAGAAUCACCGCAUUACCAUUUAGCUCGUAGUUCUUCGCGCGUACAAACAUCCGGUCCGCAAAACCGCCAGAACAUCUCUGUCGGCUAAAAGAGCCCUUACUGAUUCUUGCUCUGGUUUUAAAACAGUUUCUCUACCACUAGAUAAAUUCACAUCUCUCAAAGCACUCUCUACGACAUCCACGUCUACCGCUGCCAUCUCGACUGUUUGUUGAUUUGUGAAACGCGCAUUUCAAUAUGUUACUCAUUACGGCUCAGCCAAUCAGGAAUUUGCGGACGCCAGCGUCCGCAGAUAUGAACAAAAGGGGGUUCUUAGAGCAGGCGUCCCCUCCCCCUCUCCCCAAUCCCCCUCCCCUUUUUCCCUUCCUCCCUAUCCCCUACCCCCUACCCCUUUCGACGCCUGCUACGCAGGCUAGGGUGUAAGUAAGACCCCAUAUUUGGGUGGUGACGUCACGGUCUUGUAUUUACAACUCGUGGUCCGAAAUUGGGUGAUUCAGUGUGCAGCUGUUCCUUGUCUGUUCAAGAGGACCUAACAGGUGAGCAAGCUUUGAUACGAUUUGUAGUUUGAAAGGACAAUUAGUGCUCUGGUUUGCUUUAUAAAUUGCGUUUAAAGCAGCAGCUGAUCAGGGAAUAGGGUUUUACGCUCAAAUUUUUGUCAGAACCAGCUUGUUUUUUGCAGCUCGAUUUACAUUGAGGUAGCGUGUUCGCUUCUCGACUCAGAACCAGGCUUUUCAGUGUUCUCUUUUCCUUUGUGAAUUGAAUUUUAAGCGGUAGUUGAUCAAGGCAUAGGCUUAUAUUUUCAAAACUUUUAUCAGAACCAGCGUGUUCUUGACUUCCCAGGUCAAUUUACAUUGAGCCAGUCCGCACCUCCCGUGAAGAAUGCAACGUAUCUGCGGACCUUUUUUUAUAAUUUAUUUAUGUCUUUCGAGAGAUUUUGUCAAGCAGCAUGUUUUUUUGUUGCUCGAUUUACAUUGAGACAGCCCAAAACUCCCGUGGGGAAUGCAACGAAUUUACGGACCUUCACUGCCUUUUGUUUUGAAGACUAUCAUUAUGCCUUUCAAGAGACCCUUUGUCCUGCGACACUCGCUCAUUAGAUCUUCGUAUUUUAUUCAAGUUUAUAUUUUUAUACCUCUGAUACAUUCCGCCCCAUUCUUGCGCUUUUCACACAUUUUACUUUACACCAAUUUUUUCUGGUGUAUAUUACCAUGCGAAAUAUUUUUCUUAUCCCUGAUGACGCUGUUGCUCGGAAUUAAUUAUUAUUUUUAAUUUCAGCAGUCAAAGACCUCAUUUAAACUAUACUUUCUAACGUUUGUAGUUUUGGUACAAUGGAAUUUUCCAAGAAACCCAAGUGCUAACUUGCUCAUAUCUACCAACAAAGGUUCAAGCCCUGUUGUGAUUGUUUAAUAAAAGUGAAAGCCUUAAAUGUGCCAAAGUUGUUGUUUUGAACGUGGGUGCCAUCCUUUUCUUUUGCGGAAUCCAUUUUAAACCUCUAAAAUUAUGAAAGAAAUAUCGCGAAGAUCUGAAUAGGCACAUUCCACAAAAGAUAAACGAAUUCGCCUCGUUGGCACUUGCCGGAAGGUACCCCUAGACUAGGGGUACCUUCCUACCUUCCUAGACUAGGGGUACCUUCCUACCUUCCUUGUAAACUAGUAGUUUAGACUUAACUGUUAACAAUUUACUGUUUGCACUAUCAAACUAGACCACUUAAGAGCGAAUGCACAGAAAAAUCGAGCAAAAUCGGCAAAUCGUGGCCACAGCUCAAAACCUAACUUACCCUCAUUUUCAGUCUGUAAUAAGGUUUUAAUGAGUUUAUAACACUGCUGAGGUUUAAAUUUCAAAAUGCGGCCGAACUUGGGAAUUAUUUGAGAUUUUCGAUUUCAACGGUCUGCGGGCCUAAAAUUAGCCGCCGAACACGGCAAUAUAGCCUGGCGACAGAGAUGAGCUGACUUUCAUAAACGAGCGAAUAUAUUGGCAAUCUUCCACUUAAAUCUCAAAAAGCAGAUAUCUAACAAUUUCUGAACAGCACAUUUUUUAGAUUUAGAGAAUAAAAUAUCGACGAACGAGCACAAUUUUGAAACGUAAUUUGCAUAAUGCUUAUAAAUACAACAAUUUACCGCUAAAACCAAAAUCGAAUUUUCUAUAUGGGGGAAUUCUCCAAAUCACCCCAAAUCCCGCUUACUACCCAAUAAGAUAUAGUACUUCAACAUUAUCUGAAAGUUAGUCUGGUGUUCUUGCGAACGCUUGUAAAAUAGAUUGAUUAUUUUGAGGUUAUUUUGCCCCAAACAACCGCUAAUUGACCCAAGGGUCAGUUGACACGUGCACGUCACCUUAGUUUUAUGCAUCGAUUUGAGCUCGUUAAAGGGAGAAACUAACAAGAUUCUUUUAACAUGUACCUGUUUUAAUGAAAUACACGCAAUCUUCAAAAGGAGAGGCCGUUCAAUGGGUAAUUUCUGUUCUUGAGAUCUUGUAGAUUGUACCAUGGCGUCUGCGAGUGGACCUGAGUCUAGGUCUGUUUUCCCGUGACUGCGAAAUCAGAAUAACAUCGAGAAAUAAUUCUCCCUCGAAUCUUCGUAAGUGAAUCAGCUUUGCAGUGCCUUACCUGAGAUAAAAAGUGGCCCGAAUAGCAAAACAUUUCUAGCGCAAUUUGGAUCCUUUGUGGAACGCAGUGUAUUGCUGAGCGAAAGGUGAGUAAACAAACGUGGGAAAGUACGUUACCUUUGAUUGCGUGACCAGCCGGUAAACGAUAGUCUCCAGCGAAAAAUAGGAUUCGCAAAAAUCUUGCUGAUGUAUAUUUAACAGUUUGUUACUAUAAAUUUACAGCUGGUUUGCCUAAAACUUUAAACAAUGCAUAUCUGUCCAAGAGUAUAAGAAUGUUUCGAAAGAUCCACCCCUAAAUAACUGUGGGCUACUCCUUUUCCCCAUCACCGAUGUGCACUUUCUUCCCACUGUCUUUUGCGUGAGGCUUGUAUGCCUUUUUAACUGUUACCGACACUUAAAACUGGCCGUUUAAGGCCUGGUUUAAGAACUUGACUGACUUAAAAAAACCGUCGCGAACAUGCGCUAUUAUUGUUUGACUUUGGAAGCUUUAAGCCGAAAAUGAUGGUGCAAUCUCGAGAAAUUUGCCCGAGUCUAAUUAUAAGACAGGGGAACGGGUACUAAGAAAGGGACGGUCUCAUUUAGCAACCCGUGGACAAUCUGGGCAUGCUUGCCUUCUGUCGCAGGGGCAACUGUUAAGGCCAGGUACGCCGCCCCACCCGAGAGGAUUGCAUGGCAUCCACCAUUUCAGUCGCUUUUUCCACAUUAUGACCUUCAAUUAUCAUGAAUUAUAAUGCGGGCCGUGAUCGUUGCCACCUUACCAGAAGUCUAAUCUUCGCACUGUUAGACCAUGAGAAUCUCUAUUAUUAUUCCAUAAAGGCACCAUUGACAUUUUCUUGCUCAGUGUCCGGUAAACCGAUACUCCGAAGCAAAAAUAGCUUUACAACGACUCUAUCCAGGCCAGAACUCCUGAUAUCAACAAAUAUACCCCACCCCUGCUAAAGAGGGCAAACGUUCCCCGAACUACACACUUGACCCACCCCAUCCCUUCGUUAAGAAAAAAACUACCCACUCAGUCCACUGGACAAAACGCGCUCGUGAAUAUACCAUACUAUAGCCGUUCAUCCUACAAGCAAUCUCAGUUUCAGCAGGCGUGGCCACGUUUCCAGUUACUGUAAGAUUAAUUCAACACCUGCAACAGACACUGUAAAUUAAAUAGCAGCCACAACACCCUUCUUUGAAACCGUCAGGACGAGAAAGUUUAGUGUGCGCGGCGGUUUUCUUCCUUCCCUCCCAUUGUAGCACUCAAAUUCUUACCCUGAUAUUAAUUCUAGUAGUAAUCAAUCGUUCCUGAGCCGAUAGGCACCAGGAUACCAGCUUCUUGCAAAAUAUGCUGUGACAUCCGUUUGCUCAUCUCCCUUUCUGCCUUCCGCCGCUGAUUAGGUUUGGUUCUGUGCUUUAAAAUAACUUUAGGAACGAAACAUGAUACGUGAGGGCGUGUCCGGCUAAGGGCAAGUGACUCUCGGUGGUGAAGACAUAUACUGAGCUUGUCAGUAUUUCGUAGCCUGUACCACGUCACGAAAAUAGAACAAGCAAAAAAAAAAAAUAAGACGCCUUUCUUUCCCCAGCUCCCGCAGGUUUUUCGCUUUACUUUUUACUGCACAACUGAUUGUACCUUUUCGAACCGGAGCGAACAUGGACGCCCUUGGGGUUAAGUUUCCACUUCAUUUUCGGCACCUGACUAAACGCAAGCGCUGACUUGUGCGCCUAUGCUUCGUUUGCACUGAAGUAGCAGUAUAUGACCACGACAGACUUGCUGCUAUCCUUGGUUUGAAACCGCAGUGGGCAAGAACAAUUUCUUGAAAAGAGCAAACUAUUUCCUCCUUAGCGGGCAUGGAGAACAACUACUAGGACUUAAGCAAUGCCAUUGCUCAAGUCCUACUAGACUUGAAAAGAGAAAGCAUGAUGCUUUCUCUUUUUAAUGAUUUACAGCUAAACAGUACAAUUUCAUGUAUCUUUUACGCAAAAUUAAAUACUUAGUUGUUUGCAGAAUUGCAUUUAACAACAAAUUACAGAAAUUUGACUAAGUUUAGAUCUCAUAGAUAAGAAUUGCACGGAAAAAACUUUUUUAAAAAAAAGUCAAAAAAUAAUGUUUGCUGGAAAAUCACUUAAUGGACAUACAAUAGCAGAGAUAUCAUGCCUGUAAUUUUCUGUUCAAUGCACCUUAUGACAAGUCUGGCUAAUCCACUGGUAACCCAUGCCUUAAAACCGCCUUGAACCUUAAAAUUUAAUCCAUUUGCCUUUCAUGCGUAGUGCAAAUAUAUCUUCUGAACACUCUGGGGUUGGGGUAAAAUCAGAAGAACAGAACAUUCAGUUACUGUACCAUUUUUAAAAAGUGGGACAGUAUGUUUGCUAAUCAUCUUAGUUAAUCGCUUUUAAAAUAGGGCAAAAGGACACCUGGUCAUACAGGAAAAUGAAUUUACUGUAUCCCGAAAGCUUUGGUUUCCGUGCACUUCUUUUUUCGCAGGAGACAAUCGAUAAUUGCCUGGUCACGUAAUCGGAGGUGAGUAACUAAUUAAAAGUCAUUGAUACCAUCGCCGCUUAGCAAAUACACUACGUGCUGCAAAGGAUCCAAAUAGCGCUAGAAUGUUUUCCUAUUCGGGCCACUUUUUAUCUCAGGUAAGGCACUGCAAAGCUGAUUCAUUUACGAAGGUUCGAGCGAGAAUUAUUUCAUGAUGUUAUUCUGAUUUCGCAGUCACGAGAAAACAGACCUAGACUCAGGUCCACUCGCAGACGCCAUGGUACAAUCUACAAGAUCUCAAGAACAGAAAUUACCCAUUGAACGGCCUCUCCUUUUGAAGAUUGCGUGUAUUUCAGUAAAACAGGUACAUAUUAAAAGAAUCUUGUUAGUUUCUCCCUUUUAACGAGCUCAAAUCGAUGCAUAAAACUAAGGUGACGUGCACGUGUCAACAGACCCUUGGGUCAAUUAGCGGUUGUUUGGGGCAAAAUAACCUCAAAAUAAUCAAUCUAUUUUACAAGCGUUCGCAAGAACACCAGACUAACUUUCAGAUAAUGUUGAAGUACUAUAUCUUAUUGGGUAGUAAGCGGGAUUUGGGGUGAUUUGGAGAAUUCCCCCAUAUAGAAAAUUCGAUUUUGGUUUUAGCGGUAAAUUGUUGUAUUUAUAAGCAUUAUGCAAAUUACGUUUCAAAAUUGUGCUCGUUCGUCGAUAUUUUAUUCUCUAAAUCUAAAAAAAUGUGCUGUUUAGAAAUUGUUAGAUAUCUGUUUUUUGAGAUUUAAAUGGAAGAUUGCCAAUAUAUUCGCUCGUUUAUGAAAGUCAGCUCAUCUCUGUCGCCAGGCUAUAUUGCCGUGUUCGGCGGCUAAUUUUAGGCCCGCAGACCGUUGAAAUCGAAAAUCUCAAAUAAUUCCCAAGUUCGGCCGCAUUUUGAAAUUUAAACCUCAGCAGUGUUAUAAACUCAUUAAAACCUUAUUACAGACUUAAAAUGAGGGUAGGUUAGGUUUUGAGCUGUGGCCACGGUUUGCUCGAUUUUUCUGUGCAUUCGCUCUUAAGUCAGAAAUUUGACACAAUAUUGCUUUAGAACAAUGCUCAGGAAUAAAAAUGCAGUCAAAGCUCCUUUUAGUGGAGAGCUUUGAGAGUUACUGAGUUUUUCGGGUAUAAUAUUCAUUAGAUAAGAAAAUAUUUUUUUGUUCAAGGCGGCCGCAUUGCAGUAGAACAUUUUUCUUACGAGUGUCCCUAUAUAUCAAGGCGGCUUCGACUUAUUGUAUCACAGGCAGACCACCCUCUGUUAUUGGGGGCCGUCGUUGAUUGAAAUCUGAGCAACGAUCGUUUGUUAUUUAUAGAAGAAAUACAUAUGAACAAUACGGUGGCUGUAAUUUGUUCCAAAAUGCAGAAUUCAAAGCAAAUUUUUCAAUAGACGUUUGAGGAAAAUGCUAACUGAGCCAUGUGUCAUGCUUUUUUCGCCGUGUGGUGCUGUUUUAAGCGCUAUUUUGCGAGAUGAAUAUUUGACCUCGGCGGUUAGUUCUAACCGCCGAGGUCAAAUAUUCAUCUCGCAAAAUAGCGCUUAAAACAGCACCACACGGCGAAAAAAGCAUGACACAUGGCUCAGUUAGCAUUUUCCUCAAACGUUUAUUGAAAAAUUUGCUUUGAAUUCUGCAUUUUGGAACAAAUUACAGCCACCGUAUUGUUCAUAUGUAUUUCCUCUAUAAAUAACAAAAGAUCGUUGCUCAGAUUUCAAUCAACAACGGCCCCCACUAACAGAGGGUGGUCUGCCUGUGAUUGUAUUGCCUUUCUUCAAUGAGUAACCCAGAAGGGCAACAAAAAUCUGGGCGUAUUAACGCAGUGGUCGUUUUCAGAUAUCGAAAUGACUGACUUUUUUUCUUUUUGGUCAAAAAAAGCGAGGACGAGGCACUGCAUUGUCAGUGAAUCGAAACAGGGUGAUAGUAAAGUAAGGCGGAGUAAGUUUUUAUUAUUAAGACCUGCUUGGUCUUUUGCAAAUAGAUUUAUGUAAUUUAUGUUUUAGAGAGCUAUUCUGAGCUGUUUUUCUUGCAUAUAAUUUUUAAAUCUUUAGGACUCUUUCUCCAGACAUGACCGCAAGUCGAGUGAUAUUUCUGUCCUUGCUUUACUUGGUGAUGGGGCAUUGUAAGUACGCUCAUAUGAACAACUAGCAGGGCAAAAAAAUCCCUUUCUAAGUAUAGUAGUAAUCAACCUCAGUAUUACACUUUAACAAUAGUUUUAGAAUUUGCGUGGACCGUUAAUUUGAUAUUGUGAUAGAUGUAUAUGAAAUAACUCAUAUAAUUUUAAUUUAAUUUGAUAUUGGUGCUUCUUUUUUCAGUUUUCUCCUAGACCAAAUUAGACACUCCGAGUCCUUGAGCGAUUUCGCAGUAAACUGAAAAGAAAUCUAUAUUUUUUAACGUUCCAGUUUAAAGAAUUUGGAGGUGAUUAGGUGAUCAUGAUUUUCAGCCUAACUGUCAAUUUCCAACGGUAAUGUAUACACAAACGGAACCUAGAAUUUUUCUUUCCGCAAUUUACAGUCAACUCCCUGGACACCUCUGUGCACAAGACGAACACCUCCCUAACUGACGGACACCUUGAAUGGUCCCUGCCUUUCUUUACUCCUUAUAGUUUAUUAUCUACUUUAUAAGAUGGACGUUUCUUAGACGGACGGCUGGCGGAACCAAAAGGUGUCCGUCUUAGAGCAAGUUGACUACAUUUCGUUUACUGCUUCGCUCACGGGCACUUCAUUCUUGGCCACUCGCUCGAAUUCGCGUACCAGGACUCACGCGGUACGCAGUCAAAUCUCAGUCACGUUUCAAAUGUUUGAAAAAGAAAUAAAAAUUGAUUUCGUUUCUACCACAUAGCUUCCCAAUCUGCCUGUCCCUUAGACUUUGAAACUGGAAACCUUGACGGAUGGAACUUGACCGGCACUGCGUUCAAUAAUCAACCAACGUACGGUGACAACCCCACAGCUCGGAACAGGGGGCAGCCAGCCAAUCAACAGGGGGACUGGUGGAUCGGAGGCGCCGAAGACCGUCCCUGUCCUCAAGUAAAAGCGGGUUAUGUUAUACUGGACGGACCCCAAGGGAAUUUAACUUCCCCACCAUUUGCUAUCAUUGGUAACGGCUCGAUCAACUUCUUGAUUGGUGGUGGCUGUUCCAUCGAUGUCGUCAGAGCAGAGUUGAUUGUAAAUGAUCAGGUGAGAGCGCAUUACAUACAUUUAACCCAACAGUUAAACAAGUUUAGCAGGUAGAAAAUGAUUUCCUAAUAUGACGUCACGAUCUCCGCGCAUGUGAUCCUGGAAAGAAGAAAUGGACACAGGGAUCCCAAAGCACGAACGCACUCAAGUACACAGGGUUCGAGCAAUUCUUGACUUUCACUACUGAAAAUUACAGUAGUUGAAAUACGCUUGUUGACUUGCCCAAUUGUAUAUAUUGUUUUUUAGGUAGUCAGAAGAGCUACUGGAAACUGCACUGAGACGAUGAGCCGUGAAAGCUGGGACGUGCAUGAAUAUGUGGGCCAGCUUGCUCGUUUGCGUUUGGUGGAUGCCAGCUCAGGAGGCUGGGGUCACAUCAACUUUGACGAUAUGAAGGGAGACAUUUUCUGUUGCAAUUGUUGAGACAACGAAUCAGUCAAUUGAAUUUAAUAAA